AUGUUUCAUCCCUUUUCAGAAGAAAGGCCCAGUUCCCAGCCAGUCGGUUCAUCUUCAACCACUCCAUCAGCGAGAAGCACUCGAUCGCCGUCGCUGUCCUCAAGCACUCAAAUCCCGGCGUCGUCAAGCACUCAAAUCCCGGCGUCGUCAAGCACUCGAUUGUCGUUGUCACUCCAACAGCGAGAUCAACAGAUGAAAAGCAGAGAUCAACCCACAUCCCAGACUUCCUCCGUCGUUGAUCGUCGACCUAGCCCAAGCUGCACUCCUCUUCCUCCUCCUCGCCGUCACCCUUCAUCGAAUAGAUCACCAUCACCAACGCCGACAACGCCUUCUAGGCAACAGCAAGAAGACGAGGAAGGCCCCCAACCCAUGGAAGGUGAUUAUGCCACUGGUUUUAUGGACAGAUGCAUUGACUAUUUAUUGUUUAAGGAGUGA